AUGAUGGCCACAAUGGAAGGAAUAAUGGACAAAGCUGUAAUAGAUGAUGUGAUUAGAAGAUUGUUAGAAGGAAAAGGAGGAAAACAAGUUCAGCUUUCUGAAUCUGAGAUUCGUCAACUUUGCAUCAACGCUAGACAAAUCUUUCUCUCUCAACCUAUUCUUCUUGAUCUUCAUGCUCCUAUCCGCAUUUGUGGUGAUAUACAUGGUCAGUACCAAGACUUAUUGAGACUUUUUGAACACGGCGGUUUUCCUCCGUCUGCGAACUACUUGUUUCUUGGCGAUUAUGUUGACAGAGGGAAGCAAAGUUUGGAGACGAUAUGCUUGCUUUUGGCUUACAAAAUAAGAUAUCCAGACAAAGUUUAUCUGUUAAGAGGAAACCAUGAAGAUGCAAAGAUAAACCGAAUAUAUGGUUUUUAUGACGAAUGUAAAAGGAGGUUCAAUGUUAGGCUAUGGAAGAUAUUCACCGACUGUUUUAACUGUUUGCCGGUAGCUGCACUCAUUGACGAAAAAAUACUUUGUAUGCACGGCGGACUGUCUCCCGAGUUACAAAGGUUAGAUCAGAUAAGAGAGGUUGCGAGGCCGACCGAAAUCCCUGAUAAUGGUCUCUUGUGUGAUCUCCUUUGGUCUGAUCCUGAUUCUAGUGUUGAUGGUUGGCAUGAUAGUGACCGAGGCCUUUCGUGUACUUUUGGAGCUGAUGUUGUCGCUGAUUUUUUGGAUAAAAAUGAUCUUGAUCUUAUCUGCAGGGGUCAUCAGGUUGUCGAGGAUGGAUAUGAGUUUUUCGCUAAACGGAGAUUAGUCACAAUAUUCUCCGCUCCAAAUUAUGGCGGGGAGUUUGACAACGCCGGUGCAUUAUUAUCCGUUGAUGAAUCUCUUGUAUGUUCCUUUGAGAUACUGAAACCCGCUGAUAAAGAAAUAGGAACAAGUUCAUCAAAAAUGAAUUUUAAGAAGCCCCCAACAUUGGGAUAG